UCAAUGGGGAGGAGAAAAGAGCGUAAACUUGCAGCAAAAGGUGCAGCCGGUCGGAGAGUUAAGCUCGAUCUCUUCGCGGAACCCUCUGGGCUUUCAUGAGGAUGUACUUCCUUUUUUUGCUCGUUGUGCUUCUUACAUGAUAUGGAUAACCUUUUGAAGGAAAAUUAUGUGCAUCUACUGAGAUUUAGGUGGCUCCUCUGUCCAAGAUGAGGUUGGAGGGGAAGAAGACUCCAAGAUUCAUGCCGAGCUACCUAAUUCACCAUCGUCUUCAGGUGGGUUCCGUCAGUUUUCUUCCAAAGGACUUGUAGAGAAGACAUGAUGUGACCGAUAAUGUUGGUGGAAAUUAUUGAUUUACUUUGUACAAGACAUCUUGUUUGUACCACAAAAGUUUAUGUUUUCAGAAUGUAGCCUGCUGUGGUAUUGGGAACUUUCAAUUGGUCAUCAGUUACCGUCAGCCCCUGCCACAGCCACAGUCAAUUAUUGAAUAACGUCUUACCUAUCAUGCCUUUUUUGGCGGCAUCAAAGGCGUACCGAUUACAAGAAGAGUAUUUCCUCUCCUCGGUUCGUAUGUUUCUGUCUUUAUUUGCUUUAUGACUUUCUGACAGUUGAUGAUGUGCUACAGGUGGCCAUGAACUACAAUUAUCCUAAAUUCAGCAGCCUUCUUUAUCUAAUGUUGUUAUAUUUGUUGCCCUAAAUUGUAUACUGGCCUUAUUAUAAUAUUUAUUGGGUGUUCUUAUCACUUGGCUCGAACUUCUCUGACAUUUCCUAUUUGGCCCUCAGGUCAAGAACCGGAGAAUCCUCUUAUGCUGCUUGGGCAAUAUAGUGACGAUGAAGUGGAUGAGGAGUCGGUUGAAGGACUUAAACGUGCUGCUUCAGAGGAUUCUUCUCUUGAUCAUGAAGACAAGGGAAAGCACUCUGGCGACGAGGAAACUGAUGUUAAUGGGGAAAUUGGUUCUACUGUUAUGGAAGUUGAAGAGAAAGCUAUUGACAAUGGCUCUGAUCUACCAAGUCUCUCAGAUAGACCUGCAGAAGAUAGUUCUAAAGAAAACAAUGCUUCUGUCUCAGUUGAUUUACAUGCACAGUUGAGUGUGUUGGAUCAGAUUGCUGCUCCUACAACUUCGGAUGCACAGGCUCUAGGGGAUGCAAGUGCUGGGUGGAAGAUGGUGUUGCACGAAGAGAGUAACCAGUACUAUUAUUGGAACACAGUAACAGGCGAGACUUCAUGGGAAGUGCCUCAGAUAUUGGGUCAUGCAGCUGAACCGAGGUUAGAAGAGAAAGUUACUGCUGAAACUGAAUGCAUGGGCAGCACCACCUUGGAGAACUUAGAAUCCUCUGCAAAAAAUGAUAUGGACACUAGACAGACUGGCGUCAGCUAUAGCGACAUCAAUGAAUACAGGAAGGCAAUGGAUGACGACUUACAUGAUAAAAAAGGAGGCAAUGAUGAGGACCAGAGUGGCACAAUAAAUGGCUCUGAACAAAUUGAUUCACAGUGCAAUGAAAUAUCUUCUCCUGGUGGAUCUCUUUCUUCAGGGCAAUCAGAUCAUGCUCCUGAAGGUCAUUUGAACGGGUCAGGUGAAGAUUUUACAAAAUGCAGGGAUGCAGAUUAUGUUCCAGAAGAUGAAACUGAGGCAGACUUUUCCUCUGACCUGGUAAAACAUUGUGAACGUUUGCUAGAGCAACUGGAGACCAUGAAAGGGUCUGAAUUUUACGUACAGUAUGAUCGAAUUUCAAAAUAUGCAUUGGAACUUGAGAUUAGGCUAGCUGAUAUAAGGUCCUUAGCCUGUAAUGGGCUUUCAUUACUUCCCUUCUGGGUGCACUCCGAGAGGAAGAUAAAACUGUUAGAUUCAGAAAUAAAUCAACUUUGUGGGCUAUUCUUAUCAGUACAACAGAAUGAUGUUGAGGCUGGUCAUGAAUCCCACAGAGGCAGUGAUAAUGGAGAGAGGUCAAGCUGUCCUGCCACUGUUGAUGCAAGUGAGGAAAGUGGAGCCACUGGGGUCCCUGUACAUGAAGAUUUAACUCCUCAAACAGUGCUUCAUUCGGCUGAGGAAGUAGACAUGGAUGUGGAUAUGGAAGUUGAAGAUACAGAACCUUCAAGAAGCUUAACUGUGUGUGAUGCACUGCAUGCCCCAAAUCAUGCCCCACUGGAUGGACCAAGUCUGUUAGUGCAACAGACAAAAUUGGAGUCCUCAAUCCUGGAACAAACACUUACCGUUCCUCCUCCACCUGAUGAAGACUGGAUUCCUCCUCCACCUCCUGAUAAUGAACCUUUUCCGCCACCACCACCUGAUGAACCUCUAGAUCACACACAUGCUGUUCCUUCAAAUAUGGAAUCAGUGCAAUCUUUUCCUUACAACUUAGCUUAUCCGGGUACAACAUUUGAUUACUAUGGGCAAACUAAUCCUGAAGUUGCUAGUAGUUUAUAUGCAACUUCUGAUGGUCAGAUAGCUGUUACUCAUCACCCUUUAUAUUAUCAAAUCCCAACUACAUAUAGUGUGGCUCCUGUGGUGAUCAACCAUGUCGACCCCAGUGCAUACUAUGGCCAUCAGGAUGGAGCACUGCAGCCUGUCUCUGUUGUCAGUGGUGCAGAGUCUUCUGGUCUUCCAGCUAUACCAGUUCAUGAAAAUGUUGCCCCUGAUGCAAUUCCAUCCUUAGAUGUCAACAAGGGGUCACGAUCUGAUUUAUCAGCAAAAUCUGAGGCUGAUGUAGCUGCUAAUUUGGUGAAUGAAAUGACAUCUUUUGAUGUUCCUGCCACACAAUCCUCUUUAGCUACAGAAACCGCAUCAGCAAUGGAGGGUGUUGGUGUGUCUUCAACAUCUGUUGCCACUGGCGCUGUUGCUACUGCUUCAACUGCUCCCUCAAAAGCUCCAUCAAAAGUUUUGCGUAAAAAGCGGACUGUGGGUGUGGUGACCACAUUAAGGUCUAAUAAGAAAGUGUCGAGCUUGGUUGACAAGUGGAAAGCUGCCAAAGAGGAGCUGCAUGCGGAGGAGGAAGAAGAACGUGAAAGUGCUCUUGAGAAGCUGGAGAAGAAACGACAACGAGAAAUAGAGGAAUGGCGUGCUCAGCAAAUUGCAAGUGGGGAGGCCAAAGAUAAUGCUAAUUUCCAGCCACUUGGCGGCGAUUGGCGAGAGCGUGUGAAACGAAAAAGAGUAGAAAAGAUGAGGGAGGCUGAAAAGCAACCAUCUGAAGAAAAUGAGCAACCUGAUCUGGAUGUCAUUUCAAGAGAUCUUCCAUCUGGAUGGCAGGCUUAUUGGGAUGAUUCCACUAAGCAGGUCUAUUAUGGAAAUACUGCGACAUCAGAAACGUCCUGGAAUAGACCAACUAACUGACGAAGAUCAAUAGGAGUUCCUGCUUUACAUACUUAUUGUUACACCAGUGGUUCUAAUAUUAUUAGCAGUUACUAUCUUGUAUAUAUGUAAGGUUGUAGUGAUGUGAUCCAGUAGUAACUGUUUUUGAAUUCGAUUUGAUUUCUUAAUGAGUUUUAAAGUUUUGUUAGGGACGAGCUUUAUCGUUCCCCUAUUUUUGAAA